AUGCCUCGCCUCCCCAUGAGCGCCACGGUUGCUGCCGCCACCUUUCUCCUCACUCUUUUCCUCUUCUCCGCCACCGAGACGGAAGGUGUCUCACUGGCUGGGAUGACAGGUGAACUGAGGUGCCAGUGUAUAAACACUCACUCCAAAUUCAUCCCCCCCAGAAACAUCCAAGAUGUCAAGCUGACCCAGAGUGGGCCCCACUGCAAGAAUGUGGAAGUAAUUGCUACUCUUAAGGACGGCAGAGAAGUGUGCUUAGAUCCCACCGCUCCCUGGGUGAAGACAAUCAUCAGGGUCAUUCUGGAAAAGUGA